GAGAACGAAGGGGUUAGCAGCGAUGGUGCUGCAGCGCCUGCUGCCCUGGAGUACUUGCCGGACGGUCUUCGGGUCUGCGGAGACUGCACUCUGGGGUUUGAAGUCAAUAAAAAGCUGCCUCAAUUUUUGUACCACUAUUUGUGAAGAUGUCACUUAUAAGGAACUUAAAAACCUCCUGAAGUCCAAAAAAAUUAUGUUAAUUGAUGUUAGAGAGCCAUGGGAAAUUCAUGAGUCUGGAAAAAUCCCCGGGUCUGUCAAUAUACCAUUGGAUCAUGUAGGGGAAGCUCUACAGAUGAACCCAAAAGACUUCAAAGAGAAGUACAAAGAAGUAAAGCCAUCCAAAUCUGACAGUCUAGUGUUUUCUUGUUUAGCUGGAGUGAGAAGCAAGAAGGCUAUGGUCACAGCAGUAUCUCUGGGCUUUAACAGUGCUCAACACUAUGCUGGAGGAUGGAAGGAAUGGGCAACCUAUGAACUUUCAGAGAAGAAACAAGAAAAUUGAAUUUUGGAAUAUAAGCUGAACCUUUCCUUGUGUACAUGCAGCCCAGAAUAGUGGAAUAGGCAAAAGAAUAAGAAUGUAGCCCUGGAACCACUGGUUAAUGGGAAAGGGAGUUUGUAUAUGUCAACUAUUUUUUGUUGAAUCUUUUUCUCACCUAUGAAUUGGGAAUACCACAUCCCCCAGCCUAUUUCCAAAGGCUAAUGAUGAUUAAGGUAAUGUAUGUGACUCACCAUGGAA